AUGAGUUCCAUCGCCGAAGCUGAGAAGCGCACGCAGUCGUACCUAUCAAAGAUUGAGGCAGGUCAGACGUUGACUACUACGUCACUCGAUUCGCUUGAAAAGGUACUUCCGGCUUAUAAAAAAGUCCAAGGAAAGGUGCGCGAUGUGUAUGUGUUUGAGGACCGCGUGUUGCUCGUAUCUACAGACCGUCAAUCAGCUUUUGACCGUGCCCUGGCUUCGGUUCCUUUCAAAAGCCGCGUACUGACACUCACUAGCGUCUGGUGGUUCAACCAGACAAAGCACAUUGUGAAGAAUCAUCUCUUGAGUGUGCCACAUCCAUCUGCCAUGCUGUGCACCAAGUGCACGGUCUUCCCAGUAGAGUUUGUAGUCCGUGGCUACAUCACAGGCUCAACAAGCACGAGCAUGUGGACUAAUUACAAAAAUGGCAGUCGUGACUUUUGUGGCCACACACUCCCAGAUGGCUACAAACAGCACCAGAAAUUACCGCAGAACCUCGUGACUCCAACCACCAAAGAUGAUGAACACGACGAGCUGAUUUCGGGUGCAACUAUUGUGCAAAGUCGACGAAUGACCCAAGAACAAUGGGACUUUUGUGAGCAAAAGGCAUUGGCGCUGUUUGCUUUUGGCCAAGACCAGGCAGCACAACGUGGAUUAAUCUUGGUCGAUACAAAGUACGAAUUUGGGCUAGAUCAAGCGACAGGUGAAAUAGUUCUAAUUGACGAGAUUCAUACCCCUGAUUCAAGUCGAUAUUGGCUUGCAGAGUCAUACGAACAACGUAUGGCUGAGGGUAAAUCACCUGAAAAUAUUGACAAGGAAUUUCUUCGACUUUGGUUCAAAGAGCACUGUGAUCCGUACAACGACGCCAUCCUUCCGGAAGCUCCAAAAGAGCUAGUGAUGGAGCUUUCACGGCGCUACAUUUUACUUUACGAGCUCAUAACUGGUUCAAGAUUUGAAUUUCCUACUACCGACAGCAAACCUGAGGAUGAACUAGUCGAAGGAAUUCGCAAAGCCUUUUCGCUGUAG